UGCGGGUUUGAAAAUGGCGGAACAGCAGGGCGAGCUGGUGCCGGGUCCUGAUGAGAAGAAGCGGAAACUCUGUCAAAGCGGGCCCGAGGCGGCGGACUCGCCAGGCUCCGAAAGAAGUGACUUCAACCUGGAGAGUUUCCGUUUGGAGAAAAUUCUACGGGAGAGCGCGCGGGACAAACUAGUCUUUGUUCACGGCAAGGUUGGACAGAACAACAGAGAAGCACGGGAUGCUGUGAUCAUUUUAGAGAAGACCCCUUUCUCUGAGGAAACCUUGCCGCAUCUUCUCAACAAGGAUGCAGAUCUCCGACUUCAAUUCAGGAAUGACAUUUACAGCACACACCACCUCCAUCCCCUUCCAGCUUUCAAUGAGAUAAAGACUACAGUGAUAUAUCCAGCUACAGAGAAGCACAUCAAGAAAUAUCUAAAGCAAGAGAUGUACCUUAUUAAUGAAACAGCAGAAGACUACAAAACCAUCACCGGUCCAUACAUUGAGUCCCAAUCCUUUAGUAUUCAGUGGGUGUAUAACAUUCUGGAAAAGAAGGCAGAAGCUGACCAUAUAAUUUAUGAAAAUCCAGAUCCACAAGAUGGUUUUCUCCUGAUUCCAGACUUAAAAUGGAAUCAGAAGCAGGUGGAUGACCUGUACCUGAUUGCAAUUUGCCAACGGCGUGGGCUGAAGUCACUGCGGGACCUAACAGGAGAACACCUGUCAAUGUUGCAGAAUAUAUUGCAGGAAGGACAGGUUGCCAUCUCCAAGCGUUAUAAUAUUCCCGGAAGCCAGCUGAGGAUUUACUUUCAUUAUCAGCCCUCCUACUAUCACCUUCACAUUCACUUCACUGCUGUUAGCUAUGAUGCUCCAGGAACCAUGGUGGAACGUGCGCAUCUACUUUCCAGUGUCAUAGAGAACCUACAAACCGACCCAGAGUACUAUCAGAAGCGAACUUUAACUUUUGCCUUGAAGGCUGAUGACCCACUUCUACAACGGUUCAAAGAGGCUGGAAGGAUGUAGCAGAGAGAUUACUUGUUCACACACUAUCCUUUGAACAGUAUCAGCCUAGAAUCUAUCCUUCACUUUCACUUGCAUUCUCACACAUGCACGUACACGUACACACGUUGAGCUGAGUUACACAGCUUUCGAAGCAUCAACACUAGAGACAGAAAGCUCUUUCAGUGAACAGACAGUCAGUCUGACCUCCAUUCAUUCAGAACACAGAUCUUCAAAAGGUUCAAUUUUAACAAAAUGAAUGUUGUUGCUAUGGCAUUAAAAUGUUCCUUGCUAUAAAUUAGAGAGAGCAGAGUAAAAUCCAAGAGUGUGGCUUUAAGAAAAACAGAAGUAAAUUUGUUUUGUCUGUGCAAUUAGGCAUGACUUUCAGAUCUCCAUCAUGGUGUUCUUUAUAUAGAAGUUGGCAAGGGUAGGGUCAGCAGAGAGGAAGAAAGAUGCAGGUAUUCGUAAACUUAUGCAAAACCCAGCCAAGAUUGUUAAAUCAAAUUUGUAUUCUGGUUUGCUCAUGCAGAAACACAUGGAAGUCUUUGUCCUGAAGAAGCAGGGGUUAUGCUGGGUGAGGGCUGCUUAGUAGAGCUAUCCCCACUAUUCAUGCUUCUAAAUCUGGAUAACCCACUCAGCAUAUGUUUGCUUUUGUGUGGGUGAAUCCAGAUUUUUGAUGUUCAUUUUCCUGUCUUGGAGGGCUUUCUGCUUCCUGUUCAGGGAAAGAAAGAUCCAUGAGCUUGUUCAUAAAGAAAUCGUUAACAGUUUCCGUAGUAGUAUACUAAUUCUAUGUAUCCCUUCUCCCUCCCUCCUGAAUUCCUGCGUUUUGCUGGGAAAUAUUCUACAAAUAGUUUUGGCACUUGGCCAUUUUUCACAUGCAAACCAAUAUGUAAGUGAUGCUGUGCUAGUCAGUCAAGGGGAUGUCACCCUCCUUCUCAGGCCUUCAGACAAAGUCCAUGCUUCCUCAGGAUGGGAGUGAGAGCUUCAUUUGUUUUUUUUCCUCCUUCACCAAGUUGAUGCAGCUUCUGCCUCCUCCCCCAGCGUCCUGUCGUUGUGAGAUCUCCCAAUAUGUAUCUCUCACACUGGGAGACUUAGAAACCGUUGCAGAGGCUUGUUACUCUAGAUUUUAGAUUUCAGUUUUAGUGUCAUGUGUACUCCAAUACAGAAGUAUAGUGAAAGGAUUAUAAUGUUGCCACAAUAGUGCCAUCUUAGGUACCUAGGUACAAAAAAAGCUUGGGUACAAAGUAGGAAGAGAAAUGGGAGUUAAAAUGUUCACCGUUAUUUCAUAAUAAGGUAGAUUGUAUCCUCUGCUGGUGUCAGCAGCUCACCCUGGUGACUGGCUCUUAUACUGUUGCCUGGGAUUUGCUGCAGAACGCCUUUCUAUUGAAAACAGGAAGCCCCCUUUCCAAUGGAGAAACCGUUGACCUCCAGCUGACUCAAUACUUUGCUUUGUGUUUAUUAACCGUCCCAGCUGGGGGAAUUGCCCGGUGUAUGCCAAUCAGGGGGGACAUGGGUUUCAAUUUUCAGAACAGAUUAGAAAGCGAUUCAACAUGCCAGCUGAGAAUCUGUGAUUCCCUUAUUUGGCAGUCUUGUUUUCUUCUGUUUUCACGUGCCCAGAAGAUGUUUCCUUUGGGUGGGGUACUGUGACCAAUUACCAGUAGCUUUCCUGUACUUCAGUGGAUGUGACCCAACACGGUGUGUGUUGAUGAGUAAAUCAAUAGAAAGGAAUAAAAAGCCAGAUCCUCAUGUGAUCCACAGACAUGCAUUUCCUGACAGGGUAAUUUGAUAGAUAUCAGGACUAAGGGUCAAGGUAAGCUUUCUUUCUUCCCUCAGGUCACUUGUAGACUGGGGUGGCAUGGUGACUCAGUGGGUGGCCUCACAGCACCAGGAAUCCAAGUUUGAAUCCAGCCUCAGGCAGCUGUCUGUGUGGAGUUUGCACAUUCGCCCCGUGUCUGCGUGGCUUUCCCCCAGGUGUUCCGGUUUCCUCCCACAAUCCAAAGAUGUGCAGGUUAGGUGAAUUGGCCAUGCUAAAUUGCCCAGAGUGUUAGGUGCAUUAAUCAGGGGUAAAUAUAAGAUAGCGGAAUGGGUCUGGGUGAGUUACUCUUUGGAGGGUUGAUGUGGACUUGUUAGGCUGAAGGGCCUGUUUCCAUACUGUUGGGAAUUUAAUCUAGAUCCCAAUUUCCCAUCUGCCUCAGAAUGUGGAUGUUCCAGGCAGCAGGAAGCAAACCCUGCUUGGAGACCUCCUGCUCUUCAAGGCUCAGAAGAGCAUUUACCGAGUGGAAUGCCUGCAGAUCUGUCCUGCCUUUUCCUCCACCAAAGCCCAAAUUGAGUUGCUUGCAAGAAUCUUAGAUGGUGUGUUAUAAAUUAAUAGAAUCAGAAUGGGAACUUUUUGAUACAUUGACAAUUUUAAUUUUUAAAUUCAACUUUAUAGAAAGUUUAAGUAUCAAUAAACAUUUUUUGAACAAAUAAA